AAGUUAGUUAGGCCUCUACACUUUGUCAGUUGUUACCAAUAUUUUUUCUAUAUUUUUUUUAACUGAGUCAUUUUUAUUCAUAUUUUAAAUUUCCCAGCAAUAUACUUAAAAAUAAAAUAUAUAACUGCAGUCACGAACGUUGCUGACAAUUUCGCGGAGGGAUCUAUACGCGGUCUCUGGCUCUGGUGUGGAGGGGGAUUUGAAUCGCCUUCUGCUCUUUCUUUAAAAGUCUUUUUAUAUUGUUAUAAACGUCCGUUAAGACAGUUGUGUUCUUUUUAUAACAUAAAAGACCCGAGUGUUCUUUUAUAUAUUUUUUAACGAGAGACAACCAAAGUAUCUAAAUCCACAAGAUGGCUACAGCAGAGAUCAGCACUGUCUCCUGUGAGGGUGAUCAGGAGGGAGCUGUGUCGCCUCCCUCAGUAGAGGACACCCCCUCAGUUUUAAAUCAAACCUCAGCCCCCCUGAAUUUUUCUGAGCUCACCCCAAGUCAGUUUGGCAUCUCUGUGCAGAGUUUUACCCCAGCAGCAUCAUCAAAUCGCAAAGAUAAGUCUCGUCUAGCACAGCUGAAAGCCAGGCGGAGGUCCAGUGUUGGCGUCCGGGGGUCCCCAGAGACAAAUUCUCUAAUCUGCUUCAUGGCACAACAGAAGAGGAAGACUCCACCGGCAUCCCAAACUCCAGAGCUUGUCAGAAGUAGCCCCUUCCUUCCCCGGGUCGCCUCCACGCUGAGGCAGAAGAUGGCUUCCUUCCAGAGCCUGAUGGAUGUGGAGGAGAAUGAUGCCUGUGAUCCGGUGCCAGCGCAGGACAGCAACACUGGAGGAUGCAUCAAGACAAGAGAUUAUCUGUCUGGAGAGGAAGAGUCCAACGGGACACCCACAACGAUGACAAAGAAGAAGAAACGUGUGCGUUUUGGAGGUCCCCUCUCUCCUGAGUUUUUCGAUAAGAACCUGCCUCCGAGCACCCCAUUACAAAAGGGAGGCACACCGGCCCGACCACAAACUCCCGGUGGGAGCUUACAGCUUCGUUCAGUGCUGAAGACACCGCAGAGUGAAUCCAAGACACCCAAAUGUCGGCCCGACUUCAGCAGCCCGACUGCGUUUGGUGCUUCUCCUACACUCACAAUGCCUUGCAAGUCCAGAAUGCACUCUGAGGGAGACGAAGAGGAGGUAAAGAUUGUUUUCCCUUCGGUGGAGGAGAUUGGCUCUGCUGUGGCGAGUGAUACAGAAUGGGCGUGGGAUGCCCAGCCAUUGAAUUUAAACAGUGCCUUCUACGAGGAGUCUCUCUCUCAGCUUCUGACAGAGUCUGACACCAACCCCAGCACAACCUCCCAGAUGGAUGACCAGUCUGAGCCUGACUCCCUGCCAGAGAAGGAGAAGCAACCAGACGCUGGAGUUGGAGGUCCAACUGCAGCCCGAUCCAGCAACAGAAGGAGAAAGUCAGCACCAAAACAAGGACUUGGAAGCGAACCUCAAGCUUGCUCCAGCAGCCGAAAGAGGAAGCUGCCAGAAGAGAGUGAACCUGUGAAGAGGUCGGCACGGUCUGCUGCCAAGUUGGCCUCUGGGAAGAUGAAGAUGACCUCCAGCACAACGCGUCGAUGGAACAAGGACGUAGACCGCUCGCUGUACGGCUCGCGUGAAUAUGCCUCAAAGAACCCCGCCCUGAGUCCCAUCACCGAGAGGCUGUCCUUCAUCAGUCAGUCUCCAACAGCACAGGAGACUCCUUCAAUCAGCUGUAUGGCUCCAGAUCAGGAAACCCAGCUGAAUCCUGAGGUAACUAAUGAAACUCAAGUGAUACACGACCUCGCUGUGACAAAUGCCUCAGAAACCACUGUAGAAGAUUCUGUCACAUGCUUGAGUGAAAAAAGUGCCGCCGGGCAGGACAGCAGGCUGUUGGGGGUGAGGGCCAGAGGAAGACGACUGAAGAAAAGGAAGGUCAGUGUCGCUGACAGUGACCUGACCAGAGGAGAGACAGAGCAGCAGCUCUAUGAAGAGCAAACCACUACAAGCCUUGAGCUAUCAACGAGAACCCCUUCUGUACAUGAAGAGAGACAAGAAGACACUGUGGAACUUUGUGCCCAGACCUCUGCAGAUACACCCUGCACAGAGUCAGAAUAUCACGUGAGUGCACAUGUACCUACUUCAGACUGCCUGAACAGCACAGAGCCAGCACACGGGAAAGCCAAGCAUGGCAGGAGGAGCUCUGUAAGCAGCUCAGUGACAGCGGAGCAGGAGAACUAUGUAAAGAAGCACCAAACCAGCUGUGAAGAGGAGGAGGAAAGACAGGGAGACCGAGCAGCAAGCUCACAGGAAAACAUCCAGUCAAGCUCUGAUAGCCAGGAAGAGGGGGAAACGGCUCAUGUGGACCUUGCUCCCUGGCAAGCUGACUUUAAUUUUGAGGAUGUGUUUAAACCAGUUUGCACUAGAGGGCAGCGCUCAGUGCGGCGCAGCCUGAGAAACCAGAGCAACGCUGAGAACAGCAGCAGUGCAGGGCUCACCUGGCUGCCUCGUACCUCUCCCGAGUCCAGCAAAGAGACCCGCAGGAGGACCCGGGGCCGUCGGCUCAGUGCUGCUCUGCCCAGCCAACCGUCACUCCCUGAGGAGGCAGGAGAUGCCUCCUGAGAUCAUUUACCUAACUUAAUGAACUGAGACAACUAAAACAUUGAUUUUUUUUUUUUCUUUCUUUUGUUUCUUUCUCUGUGAAUUAUUAGAGAUGACCAGCAAUUUGUGAGUGGUUUCCCUCCAGUAACUAAGCUAGUCAAUAUGCUGAGAGCUCAAUCAUCUCUGCUGACCACCUAAUCAAUAUCGUGGCACUCGGCUGGUAAUCACAGUGCAUCUUCAGUCUGCCUCUACAAAGUCACUGGAUCAGGAAAUGAAGUCAAUAUCUGCUCCUGAGGCUGGAUGAAGAUUGCUGUGUCGCAUUCACCAAAUGUGUCAGCCAAAGGCAGGCGGGCUUUACACAGAGAACUUAAAUGAAUGUGCUCAAGUAAUUCUGCUUAAUUGUGAUUGGUGGUGGUUGUUGUUGUUGUUUGUUUUUUAAUAAUCUAAACAGUUGUGGUUAUUGAAAAGCAGAUGCUUGUAAGGUACAGUUUGAACCUUACAAGCAUCUGCUUCUAACUAAAUAUAUUGCCUCCAUGUAAAGAUGGCACAUUAGAACAAACUGUGUUCAUUUAAAAGGAUGCUUUAGAUUCAUUUAGAGCAAAUUAAUCCAGAUAAUAAAGCAGCCGCUUGUCUCCACAAACGUGACGUUCCAGCUGUGUGUGGUCACUCGAGUUCAAGUGCAGCAGCUUUCCCUUUAGCAUAAACCGUCCUGUUCUGUAUUUUAAACAUGACCAAAUGCCUGAAAGUAAAUUGACCUCUAACCUCCACCCAAGUUCCAGCGGUUAUUGAUUUUUAAAAUCUGUUGCUCAGUACCGGCUCCAUCCAUCUGUCACAGAGGGCAGUAACAAAUUGAGUUUCAGAUUCAGUUCACAUAGGAAAAUUGGCUCGCAGAAUGAUGCAUGACUGUAAUCUAUCCAUCACUGAGUAAUUGACUGCCUCCUUUUACAUCGAGUCAGUCACUUGGCUGAAGGACGACAGAGGUUUUUGGCCCCACUAGUGAUCUGCCAAGGCCUUUUUCUGCUCUCUAUUCCCACCGGAAGACAGAUGGACAAAAUCAUAAACCCACUAAUGUGAUGUUGUGUGGCUGCAGUGGGGCCACACUGCCAUCUGGUGGCACUCUUGCAGAAUUGCUGCUUAUUGAUGUGCCGCUCCUGGGAGGGUGCGUCAGGAAAUGAUGCUACUGUCAAGAGUGGGAAUAAUAUAAAUGUGUGGAAGUUCAACUUUAUGGAUGGCUGCUACUGCUUGGAGAGAGAACAAACACACAGACUAGGCUCGUGUGUGUGUGUGUGCGUUUUUCUGCUCGACUGUGACACUGUGUGUUUGUCUGCUCUUGUCUCUUUUAAAACUUGUAUCAUCUUUGUAAAUGUGCAGUUUAUAGAGUUGAAGCCAAACUGCUGCACCUCUAUAAUAUGAGUGGGUGUUGGGUGUGUUGUCUGUGAGAGAGAGCCCGGGAGUGUGUGUGUACGUGAAGGGUGUGAAGCCCCUGUCCCUGGCAGACGGGCAUACUGAAGGCGGCUUAACACAAGAACAAUGGGGUCCUUUGACCAAAACGACACCCCCAAGACAUGUGGCCUCCUGUCACCGUGGCAACCCCCCAUGGGACAGAGCAGGAUGACAGCUGGAGAGGAGGACUUACAAAAAUGGAGUCCAUUUCUUUCCACUGAAGCUCUCCCAGCUCUAUAUCUUUUCCCCUCUUCCCCCGGGCCUCCUCUACACUUUGGCCCUGGUCAAUGCAGGAUACAUCUCAUUUUACAGCUCCGUGUGAUUGACCUUACAGGCUUCACUUGCCACCUACAAAUCCUCCAGAGGGAAAAAUAAAUAAAUUAAGAAUCAGCGCCAACAAUAAAUCAGCUCUUUAUUGGCUCUCAUUACUGUCCGUAAUAAGAGCGCAUUGAGCGUCGCAGACAAAUACGCGGCUGAGCCACAAGAUUUCACACUCGCUCUGCUCUUGAUUUUACGCCUCAUUUUAAAACGGAUGAUCACUUUCUGUACGAGCACAAAGAGACAUAAUCAGUUAUUUGUACUUCCAGAUUUAGAGACCUUGGUCUUUCAAUUAGUUAAUUAGUAACUGAAUGGUAUUAAGUUGUCCCGCUGCCUGUGGCCUUUCUGCGCUCUGUACUGCGAGCCUUCUAUUAUUGAUGUUCAGAGGCACGAUCUGUAAGCCAUACACAGCUCUCCUAUGGAGCUGAAGACAGCAGGAGGAGGGCGACAAAACAAAAGGCAGGACAACAGCAAGAGACCCUCGAGCUACUCUGUUUGGUUUGCUGUCCCAGUGUGUCUGCAUGCUGCGACUGGCUCAAACCUGUUUAAGAAAGCUGCCUCUACACACAGACGAGAGGGCGUAGUAUAGAUUCUUCAUGCCUAAUCUAGGAAUCCAAUACUGGGAACAUACUAGGACAUCGUAAUCGGUCAUUUAGUGCGGCUACUUUAAAGCAGCCUUGGAUUAAAGUUGGGCUCAGAAAUUUUAACAGUGGAGCUUUCAAUUUAAUUUCCCUUUUAGUCUUAAGACUAGGGUUAAUCCAUGUGUGGGAACGUGUCUGCACAAUUACAGCUGUGACUAACAAUUGGGUAAUCUGUCUCAUCCCCCCCAAAAGUGUCCAUAAUCAUAAAGAGAGCGUUUACUUUUUUCAUAAUUCCUGUUUCCAUAAUGGUUGAUCCAACGUUAUGGACAGCUAUUUUUAAUGCAAAUAUACAUUUGUAGUGUUCAUAUUUACAGAAAGCAGGGAAAGAAACAUUAAAACUAUUUUUCCAUUAAGAUGCCAAAUGCAUUUCUUUAUUUUCAUUCCUGAACAGAAACAUUAGUUGUUGAAUGUUAUGCUUGAUUCAUUUCUGACUUCUAAGAGAAGUCCAUAGUGUUUUUUUUCUGGUAUAAAAAAUGUGAUUUAAGUCAUUUUUAGUUUUAAUGUUUUUGACAGAUUUCUCAAAUAGUUUUGUUUUCUUGUUUUUAUGACAAGUGGUCUAAUAAAUCAGUUAGGCACAUAUAUACACAUGCAUAUAGUGCUUUUCUACUCUAAUCUGGUUAGAAACACAGCUAAGCUGCAAGAGUUGCUAAUCCUUAAUCUUUCUCAAAUUGGAGAAGCUCGCAACUUCCUGCAGUCUACUCUGGCUGCCCAGCCAAGCUGGCCACAGCCUCGGGCAGAGAGGUAGUAACCAAUGCGUAAUAGCCAAUAUAAAUGGGGUGCAGGUGUGCAUUUUAGUACCGGUUAAGUUAAUUAAAAAGAAUCUUUGCACAUGUGAAUGCUUGGGGGAAAAAAACGCUCAAAUCUACAAACAACAUCAGCAAUGUUAUCUGUGUCGUUCUAACUGUUUGUAGUCGAGUCUGAUGUCUUUAUUUUCUUCCAGAAGCCUGCUGUGUGUUAGGGGUGUGAUGGGGAAUACCCAAUUAGACAGCAAACGUGGGUGCCCGUGUCAUUGUUUCCAAACAUGUGUUUCUAUUCAUUCACACUAAAAUGCAGUAAAUUCUCCUGUAGUGCUUCUCACACACUGGAGUUGUCUGGAUGUUAGGCAUGAAUGUAGGAAAGAUCUGAGUUCUAAAAGAAAUAUGCACGGCCCUGUGGAGGUCUUUCACAUAGAUGAGAGACGGGGAGAGCACCCCAGCAGUCAGGUCACUCACAUGCAUGACAGCCCACUAAGUUUGUCUAAAGGCACCUGAACAACUCGGACCAUGAGAAAGCUCUAUUGGAACAGAUGUGAGUGGUAAUGCACGUGUAAGCAAAGCUGUGUAACUAGUUAAAGAUUCAAAACUACACGCAAUGAAACGGCGAGCAAGGGAAGAGUACCAAAGCAGCAUUAGAGAGGUUGCCGUUGUGCCAGGAGAAAUUAAAGGAGAGGAAGUAAACGAUGCGUCCAGCAUUAUGUGUGUUGACGAAACAGAGCUCUGCCGUCGCAUACCUGCGCAAAUCCUGACUGUGUCUGAACUCGAUUUAUUCUCGAGUGCUACAAACGAGAAAAACCCCGGGUGUUCAGAUGAAGAACAGAGGCGCUCACUCGAAUGUUAAUUCUUCAAACGCGCUUUAAAAAAAAUCUAACAGGCUCCAUUUGAUUGAUGUUUGAUGAUCUUUGUGUUGUAAUCAGAAAGAUUUCAUCAUCUUGUAGGGAAGAUGAUUAAGUUCAUUUUUCACCUCAAAAUUCUACACACAAUACCUCAUGAUGACAAGGUGAAAAGUUCUUGUAAGUUUAUUAAACAAAACUACAAUAUUUCCAUUGAUCAUCUAUCAGAUGCUUCUGCUAUUUAAAUGAAGUCCACCUGUGGUAAAUUCAGUUGACUGGAUGUGAGCCCAAUAAGCACACAACUGUCUACAUAAGGGCCCAUCGUUAACGGUGCAUGUCAGAGCACAAACCAAGCUGUGAAGUCCAAGGAACUGUCUGUAGACCUAUGAGACAGGAUUGUAUCAAGGCACGGAUUUGAGGAAGGGUACAGGAAAAGUUUCUGCAUAAUUGAGGGUCCCAGUGAGCACAGUGGUCUCCAUCAUCUGCAAAUAGAAGAGGUUUGAAGCCACCAGGACUCUUCUUAAAGUCUCUAGACUCUUCUGAGCUAACGGGGUAGAGUGGGCUUAAUCGAGAUGCUUGGCCUGAAUGCCAAGCGUCGGAUCUGCGGGAAACGAGGCAUCGCUCAUCUCCUGGCCUGCUACAAUGAAGCAUGGUGGGAUGCAGGGACUGAGAGACUAGUCAGGGUCAAGGGAAAGAUGAAUGCAGCAGAGACAUCCUUAAUGAUAACCUGCCCUAGAGCACUAUGGACCCCUUACUUGAACAGGAACCUGAACAUCUCUGGAAAGUUCCAUGGGUUCCACAACUCACGACAACACUUACAUCAUUAGU